GUGUGCCAUUGAAAUUUGAAAUGUCAAUUUAUGAUGUAUAGUCUGUGGAUGUAUAUAUCAUAGGUAUAUAUGUCUAUAUGUCUGUAAUCUGUAAAUUGCGGAAUGUAUUAUUGAGAAGGUAUUGGUUUUCGUUGCUUUGUUUUCUUAAAUUUAAAGCUUUAAUCAUGUCGGAAACUUUCGAAACUACGACUGAUGCGCUACCUAGCCAACCAAGGGGCGAUGAAAAUAAAUGGGAGUCAAAUAAUGGAAAGACGGCAAAGGAAUAUCAAUCCACAGCAAAUGAACGGAAUAGAAGUGGCACGAAUAGUCCACCCUUGCGUGGGUCAAAGAACAGCAAGAGUAAAAAGAAACCAGGAUCAGGAAAUUUUUUUAUUCACGUAGUCGAUUCGCCUUAUGCACAUGUGGGACAUGUAUUUCACAGUCACAAUUAUAACACAGCUUGCACGAAACAUUCUCUAAUCAGAAAAGAGGACGAUGUGAAAGAAACAGAACAAACUGCAGCUAUAAAAAAAAACAAAAAACCAGUGACAAGUGAGGAUAUUGAUGCUGUGGCAUGUCACAUUGGAAAUGGAUGGGAAAACACUUUUACGCAAUUAGGUUUUGAUGAUAAUCAGAUUCUUAUUUAUAAACAGAAAUGUAGUAAGAAUGUUGAGAUCAACAAGGCAUUGUUGAGAGAUUGGACGAGGAAGAACGGCAAGGAUAAUGCCACUGUAGGGGUUUUGGCCCAAGUUCUGUGGAAUACCAACCAGAGAAAAGCUGUGAAAAUCUGGGCGUCCACAUACGAUCUAGUUUAAAUGAUGGACCUUAACGUUUCUCGGUUGUUCUUGAUCCUAAUGCCACGUGCCAGCUGUGAGCCGACAGGAAACAGAUUAACGAUUUAUAAUUUAUAUAUCACUCACAAAUGUUCAUAUUUUUUAUCAUGUAAAAAGUUUCGUAUAAAAAUAAGAAUUGUUGAGCCUUUAAUAUUAACAAUAUAUCUAUAUAAACAAUA